CCCGCGGCGGACGGGGAAGAGCCUUGGUCAUAGCUAUGGUCACCCCUCUCGCGCGCACGCGCCACGUGGGCUCGCGGUCUUGCGCAGGGCCUUUGGCUGCGUACCGGGACUUCCGCAGUAGCUGUUUUAGCCCUCAGAGUACCCUCUGUGAGCUCAGCACCUCAACUGAAUUCCCCCUUUUUAUAGACCCGGAAGCUGGGGCUCAGGGACGUGGCCGCGCCGGGGUUUGAGGGAGAUAGGGCUUGUUGGACUUCGGAGGCCGCGCUCUUUCUUAUCUGUGAGGCUUGACUUUGGGAUCUGUUUUCUUUAGAUAGGCGAAAUUGUUUGGGUCCGAUCUGCGGCCGACAGCCUUGCGUCGGGCAUCGCCGCCUGGCUUCUCUGCAGGGCUGGGGGUGGGGUUGGGGGACGCGGGGAGGCGCCCUUUGCGUGCCCUGCCCGACGGCUCCGGUCCUUAGUUCGGAGGGGUGGGCUGGGGAGAGGGGGCGGUCCCCUAGUGUGGGCGCUCUCCACACCCCAACAGGCAAACUUGAGGAGAGCAGGAUUCAUAAGCGAAAUCUGAAAACACGUGGAAACUCCUCCCGGGUCACCAGAGAAAAUAGAAAAUAGAGCAGCUUUUUUUUUCGUCUGAGGAAAAAUACCACCAGAGGCUUUUGAAAGUGCUAGGAGACGGUUUCCUUCAUGCCCUUGUGGAGGCAGAUGUGAACCUUUUGGAACUCAGUUUGGCAAUAUGAGUCUACACCCUUUGACCAACUGAUGCCAGCCUUGGGAAAUAAGUAGGUUAAAACCUAAGUAGGGGAGAGGUUGAGGCUUUAGGCGUUGCAGUUUGGUAUUUUAUAAGUAGAGACAGUGGAAACAACCUCUAAUCCCCAGUGAUACACCUAAUGAUAAAAGUAAUAAUACCUUUUUUGGAGCCGAAGGGUUAUAUUUCUUUAAACCGUCACAAAACCUUAUGAAACUAGUAUUCCCAUUCCACGGAUGGACAACUGGAACUCAGGUUUAAAAAAAACCCUUUUUGCUGAAGGAACACAUUCGCUCAUACAGUUUCAGAAUGUCAAGUACUGUGUCCUACUGGAUUUUCAAUUCUGCAAGAAACAGCAUUGCCACAUUACAAGGGGGACAACGUUUAUAUUCAAGGUAUGCCUCAAAUAGGGUUAAAUCAAAAUGGAGGCUCUUUCCUCAGGGGCCAGUCACCCUAAAAAACAAUGCCUCGUAUGGUGGCAUUGCUCUGCAGAAAGCCUAUAGACACACAUCAACAGAGGAAGAUGAUUUCCACUUGCCGCUCAGCCCUGAGCAGGUAAAUGAAGUGCUGCGAGCCGGUGAGUCGGCCCACAAGAUUCUUGACCUUGUCAGUGGAGUCCCGAGUUCGGUGUUGCGGUUUGAGAGCAACCAGCUGGCUGCCAAUUUCCCAGUGGAGGACCGAGGAGGUGUAGCCGCCUGCCUGCAGACCAAUGGGCUGAUGUUUGGCGUCUUCGAUGGACAUGGUGGCCACGCAUGUGCUCAAGCGGUGAGCGAGAGGCUCUUCUACUAUGUGGCAGUGUCACUGAUGUCCCAGCAGACGCUGGAGCAGAUGGAGGGGGCGAUGGAAAGCAUGAAGCCCCUGCUGCCCAUUCUGCAGUGGCUCAAGCACCCAGGGGACAGUAUCUACAAGGAUGUCACGUCAGUGCACCUUGAUCACCUCCGUGUCUACUGGCAGGAGCUGCUGAACCUGCACAUGGAAAUGGGGCUGAACAUUGAGGAAGCAUUAAUGUACUCCUUCCAGAGGCUGGAUUCUGACAUCUCACUAGAGAUCCAGGCCGCCCUGGAAGAUGAGAUGACCAGGAACCUUUCACUCCAGGUUGCUUUCUCAGGGGCAACAGCUUGCAUGGCCCAUGUCGAUGGAGUUCACUUGCAUGUGGCAAACGCUGGUGACUGCCGGGCCAUCCUUGGUGUCCAGGAGGACAAUGGCAUGUGGUCUUGUCUGCCUCUCACCCGGGACCACAAUGCCUGGAACCCAACCGAGCUGUCACGGCUAAAGAGGGAGCAUCCUGAGUCAGAGCACAGGACGAUCAUCAUGGACAACAGGCUGCUGGGUGUUCUCAUGCCCUGCAGGGCCUUCGGGGACGUCCAGCUGAAGUGGAGUAAAGAGCUGCAGCGCAGUGUCCUGGAGCGGGGCUUUGACACCGAGGCCCUCAACAUUUACCAGUUCACCCCCCCACACUACUACACUCCACCUUACCUGACGGCCAGGCCUGAGGUCACAUACCACAGGCUGAGGCCCCAGGAUAAGUUCCUGGUGCUGGCCUCUGACGGCCUGUGGGAUGUGUUGGGCAAUGAGGAUGUGGUGAGGCUGGUGGUGGAGCACCUGGCUGAAGUGUGUCGGCACAAGCCAGACCUGGCCCAGAGACCCGCCAACCUGGGACUCAUGCAGAGCCUGCUGCUGCAGAGGAAAGCCCAGGGGCUCCACGCCACCGACCAAAACGCAGCCACACGUCUGAUCAGAUACGCCGUAGGGAGCAACGAGUACGGGGAGAUGGAGCCUGAGCGGCUGUCGGCGAUGCUGACAUUGCCGGAGGACUUGGCAAGGAUGUACAGGGAUGACAUCUCUGUCACUGUGGUGUAUUUUAACUCAGACUCGAUUGGUGCAUCUUACAAGGGGAGUUAAGAGUCUCCCAUCCUGUUGCCAAGGUUAACUUAAAUGCUCUUCUAAGACAUUUUCACUUACUCUUAAGCUGGCUAUUUAGACCUUGUUGUUAAAGGGCAGGCAGAUGUAGCUUGCUUAAUAAUAGACUAAUGUGAGAGAAAAAACAGCCUAGGAUUAAAAACAAUAGUAGUGAUUUUAUGUCCCUGCAUGUUUUGAUCACCUCUUCUACGCAGAAAGGGUGGAACACAGAGACCGUAGACUUGGCUGGGGCUCAUGUAACUCAAGUCCUUGUAUAAAGAUACUGUUAUUAAACUGUGUCAGCCUGAGCCUGUGAAGGGUAAAAUUAAUCAUGAUUCUAAGGAUAUGAAGAAGUUCAGGAUCUUCUGAGGUCUCGAUACAAAAAUCUGCGAAGUGUUGGUAAUUCUCAAUUCGUAAUCAUGGCCUUCUAGACUAUGAAGGGAGGUUUUGUUUGUUUUUUAUUUUUAAGUUUCUAAAGACCUAGGUUUACAAAGCAUAUUACAGGACACUUUUCUAUGCAAUAUUCUAACUUUUUUGUGUGUGUGAUUUUACUUGUGAAAACAUUUUGUAAUGCUGCAUUCUAGUUCCAAUUUAGUUUAUUUUAAAAUUGAGUCCUCAAACUUGCAAACAGGCCUGCUCUAAGGGAGCAUGCUUGGAAUGAGUUUUCUUGGUUUUCAGCUGAGGGUGAAGGUGGCCAGGCCUCUGGACCGGCUGAAUUUAUUUGUGCAGCUUUCGGGCCUUUCCACUGAGUCCCACCCCCUGAACCUUUGAGCCACGCUAGGAGGUUACUUCUGUCUGAGCCUUAACUCCUUUCCUGCAUUAAUAAAAUUUCCUCCAGGGUUUAGUAAAUCUCUGCAGAUUUACUCAUAGCACUUAAUGUUUCUGAUUAUACCUCUCAAACAUUCUUCUAAUUCCACCUAAUGUUCCUUCCCCCUCUGCUAUGCUGAGCUCCCUCACCCUCCUGCUGACCGUGCAAUACUGUCCAGAAAGAAUGCUCCCAAUUCACAUGGUUGCGGGGAAGGAGAAAAUUCAAGAUUGCAUGUGGUAAUUGUGACAGACAGUUUAAGCAGGACUGCUUAUACAGUGGAUUCUAGACUCAAAAUUCAGCCUGAAUCUGGAGAGGUAAAAACAUGAAGGACCCGAGAACAGUCACUAAGUCUCCCUAGCUGCAUCCCAAGGGGCAGUGGGGAAGAGGGAGGAGUGAGAUUUUUCAGAUGGGAAACUUGCCCAUAGACUGUGGGAUAAAUGGCCAUUGCUACUCCUCGGGAACUAGACCUUGUUUAGUAUAGGAACCUGUACUGGCUUCUGUGGGCUGCACAGUCUGUGUUUAUUUGAAAAUUAAACCAUGUGGAUCCUUUCUGGGGGGCUGAAUUUCAUGUUCUGAAUUGCUGUAGCAUUUAAACAACAGGAAAUGUGUCCCUAAACGGAAACACAAACAUAAUCCCACAAAACUGACACUUUUUAUGUUACUGCUCUAUCUUCAUUGAUUGCUCUCUCCACCCCCUUUCGUACUGAAAGGAAAGCAAAUAGCUAGGUUUGACUUCCACAUUUUUGUUCACAUUCAGCAUAUUCAAGUGUUGAGAAACUUCUAGCCUGCGGAUAUUUCCCUGUGCAUUUACUGAUAUGGCUUCAUCUAAGAAAUUCUCCUUUGAGUGCUUAAGCCUUGGUCCUUUUAUUCUGAAACUAUUAAUAUUCCUUCUGAUCUCCUAGAUCUUAACUCAGAAAUAGAACUUGAAUCCCUAUCAUUCACCUUGCAUGACGGUUUGUUACUAGAGCCGAAGACUGCUUGUCUGACAUCCUUGUUCUUUAUGCCACCUAAACCCUGGUGCACUCUCUGAUUUACCGGGAUUACAGUGUCUGAAUCCUGUUUUGGAGCCUAGCUUGGGUCAUAAAUAUAUCUGAUUAAGUAACCUGUGGGACAGUUGAGAGAAUACAGACUUCCCACCUGUUCCUUCAAGGGUAUCUGUGUAUCUGUGCCUAAUAGAUUUCCUGCUUUCUAAUUGGUAUAUUGAGAGAGAGGAAAGGCUGGUUUCUUGUCUGCCUUUUUCCAUUGUGAACUCUGUCUGCUCUUGCCACGAAUGCUCCAAGGAGCACCUCCUGGUUAAACCCCAGCAUGUCUUGAUUCCCUGACCACAGUUCUGCUGUCACUGGCCUUCCUGAGGCACAUGGGCUACCACUUGAGGACCCUGGGAUUUGAGAGGGGGUUGGUGGUACUUGUCAGGUCUUCCAAAACACUUAUCAUUCCUUUUAUGUAAAGAUUCUGAUAUUGAGACUUCUGAAAUGAACUAAAAAAAUGAGAUUGAAUCUUUAAUGUUUAGGAUGUCACUUUUGAAUAAAGUAUGCUUUGGUGCUUUAAACAGCAUAUUUACUGUUUUAGGUGGGAAAUGGUAAUAUUGGCAUAUUUUAGAUAUUGUUUUAUAUGUAAAUAAUACAGUUCUGCUGAUUCUGGGGAUUGGUCAAAAUGGAUAGAGAAGUUCUAAAUUCAAGUUAGUAUGCUAUGUCAAGUUACUUAUUCAGUUUUCUGAGAUGUUAUUUGUAACAUUAAAGCUAAUUUAUUAUAAUGAAAGUAUAAACUUUGAGGUAUGUUAAUAUAUAAACAUAUUUUUCCCAGAAGUACGAUUGGCCUAAGAGAUCGAGUGGGUUAAGACUUAGGUUAGACACAACUGAGCCGACACCUUUUAUAUGAGGGAAAUAGAAACAGCUCAAACUCGAAUUAAAGAAUAGAAUAAUUAAUUGUAUAGAACACGACAAUGUAUUCAGAAUGAGUCUAGCUUAACUCUUUCAUCCAUCAGCCCCUGGUGACCUAUUUUUCGUUUGACAAUUUCGGGGAAACCUUAACUUCCCAGGUUAAAUCAGGAUAUCCUUGAACUGAGCUAUCCUAGUUUCAUUGUUAGUGGUUCAUUUGUCUCUGAACAUGACUCCCAUAGCAGAGAACGCCCUGGUGUGGCUUUGAGGCUGGGGAAUAAAGGCUGGUGGCACCGCUUUUUCCUGUGAGCUGCCACGUGUGUUACCAAGUGGAAAACACACAUGGACUGCAGUGCGACCGUCUCCUGAGCAGGCUGAGGCUCUGUUCCCGAUGCCUUGGGCACCUGAUGUUUAGUUUAACUGGCCUCCUGGAAAAUAUUUCUUAACAAACAUUUACUUGGAAAAAUUAUUAACCAUGUUCUUUAAUAUUUACUGACAUUUGUAUUGUAAACUGUAUACCAAUGUUUUUUUGACAUUGAUUUUCUAACCAUGAGAGACAUUUAAAUGAAACUUGUAAAUAAGAGAGGAAAAAUGAGAUUUGAUUUCUUUUGUUUUUGAAUAUUCAUAUUUUUAAGGUCCUUAGGGUGCUAGAUUAGACCAGCCUUUGUUUCACCACCUAUAUCUGGUCUGUUCAAUAGUCCACCCAAAAGAGAAAUUUUCUUUGCAAAUUUUCGAUGACUGCUGAGCACACAGGAAGUCCUUGCUUAAUGUUAACUGUGUGGAACGCUGAAAAGAAUGAAAAGGAAGUGUGAAGGCUUUUGUUGUGAGGGUCUCCACACACUCAGGGGCCAAGGCCUGCUGGGAUUUCACAUUCUUUAACUGGCCUUGUA